GAGAUGGAUAGUCUCUCUGAGCACUGAUGCUACUGGGACAGUAAGCUGAAGACACAUCUUUUUUUGGGAUUACAUUUCUUUUCAGCACCAACAUCAGGAUGGCUGUUCUCCUCCGGCUGAUGACUCUGGCUUUGCUGUGCCUGGGCAGCCUUGGGGACAUCAAAGUGGGCUGUAAGAUGUGGAAACAAAGAGGAAAUGAAAUUUGCUGCGAUGGAUGUCAUCCAGGAAACCGCCUUCUUGAAAUGUGCGGACAGAGACCUUCAGACUUAUGCAAACCUUGUGAGCCUGGUACUUUUACAGUGAAUCCCCUGAAAUGGAGAUGUGAGAGAUGUUCUGACUGUGUCGGUGCACAAGUCCAUGUCAAGAACUGCACAGCCAUAGCAGACACGGUAUGCGGCUGCAAAGAGGGGCUCCGCUGUGCCAACGACAAAUGUUCCUACUGUGUGGAAAAGUGCCAAAAAGGCUUUGAGCCUUUGAGCAAUGGUUCUUGCAGGCCGUGUCCAGAAGGAACCUUCAGCGAUCAAAUAGACAUGAAGUGUAAACCCUGGAGUACAAAGUGUCCUAAACCAGAUCAAGUAACUGUGGUCAAAGGAAAUGCAUCAUCUGACAUUCAGUGUGUGUCAAAACAACAGCCGAUUGGAAUUGAUACUACAACACCAGGAGUUGAAAAAGUGAUUCCACGACCGCCUGAAAGUUCAUGGCCAUUAUUCUCAGUUUUGAUCAUGGGUGCAAUUCUGAUCACCUUCUUCAUCGCCUUCUUCAUCGCCAUAGCUUUUAAAAUCCAAAAGGCAGGAAAAAAGAUGAAAAAGCAAAUCACCAAAUCUCCAGUCAUCAGAACCCCAACAGAUGAACCCAGGACAUUAAUUGCAAUUGAAUGCAGUUUCCAUGAAGCUCAGCAGGAGCAAGGCAGCAGCAGCACAGAGUCCCUGAUCUCCAAGUAACCCCCCAGAGGAGCUCGCCACUUUAAUAUAAAGAACUGGACCCGAAAGACACUUUGCAAUAAAGUGACCGCUCGGGGAAAUCCGAUGUAGUAAUGAGAUAGUCUAUAAAAGAAUGCAUAAGUAAAUUUAAUUUCUAACAGCUGAGGAACCAGAUUCACCAAGUGUGAGGAUAAGUGAGCUCCAGCUAAAAACAUGCAUUUAGGCGACUAAAAACAUUCACAAAGGAAAAGAGAAACAUCCUAGGACAGGGAAACGGCUUUAACAUUCUUUCCUUAUCAAGUAAAUGAUAACAAACUUUCAGUCUUCUCUUUUGAAUGUUCAGGCUUUAUAAAUCAACCUUUUAUACAAGAUAAAACACUGUGACGUGGUAAGAAGCCUGAAUGGGAUUCAUUGUGUUGCAGUCCAGCCUAACCGUGAAUCCCCCUCAAACACACCUCCAAAAUGUAAACCGCCAUCCUGUCUUCAUUGUUCAGGCCACCUGGUAAAGUGAAGGAAGUAACAAUGCGCCGUUUUUCAUUCAACUUGUCACCAGGAAAUGUUUGGACUUUCCUACUUUUGCUUGAAGAACUAGAACUAAAAAAGUCCAUGUAAAGGGGAUUUUCCCUUGUUUGUAAAGAGGCGAUUUUGCGCCCAUGUAGAACAGUAAACAGGCCUUCAGUGGACACAGCCGACUAGUUGCUCACAAACUUCUGAAGAACUUUGACUAACCCUGAGCAGACUGGAGCAGGCUGAGACAUGCCUCUUGGGCAACGGACACCCCACACCCCACUGAAAGAAAGACUAUCACUAUGGCGAGAUAACCAUAAUCUCUCCAAGGUGCGUCGUGUGGGAACCGUCAGACUAGACGGCAGUGAGGUUGAGGGGUUCAGUGGAAAUCCCCACUCACUUGCGUGAAUCUUCUGUCCUCGGUACAGUAAGGUGGGCUGCAGUUUGUCAGAGCCGUAUUUGUCUUCACAAGGGUUAGCGGGCGUGUUUGAGAAAUGGAAAAAUGUGAGAAAUAUUCUGUGUGGGUUUAUGGGUAAAAAAUGUCACUGUGUGAAUAUGUCGAGUGUAUCGUAAAUGAGUCAUGUCAGCUGCAACACCAGCCUUGUGACCUCAAACUGUUUACAGUUACCUAAAGGUGAAAUGUCAGCUUUAUUUUUAAAUAUGCUUCAUGUAAUGCUUUUAAACAUAUGACUGUUUUUUUUUUUUUACAUGUAAGUUCUGAAUCAGAAAUCUGUUUACACGUCCAAACUUCUGUCGCACAACACUUUUACCAUCAAAUAAAUAUAUAUUUUUAUUUAUUUUUGCUUCGAUACAGAAUGGUGUCAUACACUGGUUUGUAGUGUCUCAUUCAAUUUGACAAAAGGGAGUAACAAAAAAAACUAAGAAACAAAGAAAAAUCCACUCAGCUGUUCUUAGUGUCGUGAUACCAUCAGUGACUCAAGCCGGCCCCUCAGAACUGGAACAUUAAGUGGUAGGGUUUCAUCUUCGUAAAUAGCAGAGCUCUCAAUAGUACAGUUUCUAAAGGGAAAUCAUUGCAUAACAUUCUGUGCUGUGUGUGCAUCUUUCAUUGUACUACACAAAAAUGGUUAAACAGCAUUUUCAACUUCAUUUGUCAUGUCAAAUGGGGUCACGAUUGUCACAGCAGUUUAAAAAAAAAAAAAA